CUCUCGAUCGAGCAGCGGCAGCAAAGAUGGUCAGGGCGAUGGGUAUUGCCGCGGCAAAAGGCUUCACCGCCGGUUCCAUGCACUUCACGCCCAGCGGCGUCGUGUGUCUAGCUUUCGCCUUCGUGGCUGCGGUUGCGAUCGUGGCCGUCGCCGUGUUCGGCUGCGCCGGCCACAAGAGCUCCGGCGGGAAGAAGCCUCGACGUGGUCAUGGCGGCUCCUACUGGGCAGCUGGAGCGGGCGCAGGCGCAGGCGUCUAUGUUGGAGACAGCGGUGUUAGCACAGGCGGUGGUGGCUGUGGCGGCGGAGGGGGAGGAGGUGGUGGCUGUGGAGGUGGAGGAGGCGGUGGAGGUUGCUGAGGAAAGAAAUCACACAGUGGAUUAUUACUGCAAGACCAUGAUAUUGUUUUGAUAAAUUUCACUUUAUUCAAAUAUUUGUAAAUAAUACUUUCACUUUGGAUGAUGUAAAUGCACGCUCGCUUGUUCACAUAUUCACAUUCAUUCAUAUAUGAUCUAUAAUAUCAUUGUUGGGGCCAGGGAUAUU